CAUUCUGCUCUCUCACUCGCUCUCUGGACGGAACAAACUGAGUAGUCGCUGGAUUUUACAAGUAACCAAAUUAAAUGUGCUUUUACAUCAACAAACGCUGGACGCGCAAUUAGGGAGGUGUUAAUUAUGCGCCGCAGCAGUGGAUAACGAUGCACACCGCCUGAGUUUUGGCAGCACAAUUUUAUUGGACUGGGCAUAUAUCGCAAAAUCGGUAAUAACAAAAACAAAAAAUAAGCCAGAAGAAGAACACCACCGAACGGAAAAAAGAAAGCGCGAUGUGCGACGGUGAAAUUGACGAUCCGGUGACUCAGACACGUUCGGAGGGCGGUGGACUGGCUACGGAGCCCCGGAUGCAAUUUCUUGAUCCGCCGGAGAAGCACCUCACCAAUGGAUCGCCUGAUCCGGAGCCCGUGGAUCCCUUUUUGGUGGCCCAAUGGUCGGUGGACGAUGUGUCCAACUGGGCGAGCCAUACGGAACAUUUCUCAAAAAUUUUGCUCGACUGCCUGCGCCAAGAGGCAAUUGAUGGCGAGGUCCUGCUAUCCCUCACCGAGGAAGACGUUCGGGAUAUGCGCUACCGCUUAGGCUACAAACUCACCUUUGGCGAGCUUAAAAAGUUCUGGCUGUCAGUGCUCAAAAUACAGCUUCUGGUAAAAAACAGCUCGGCGGAAUCUGUGAUGCUGGGCAUCGAGAGUCAUGGCGGGAACUCGGUCUACAUGCCGCUGGUGAACUCCGCCGGACCGCCCUCCUCAUCCACGUGUCCCUGCCCGCAGCCCGAGUGCCCUAGCUAUGUGUCCGAUUGCGAUACCUAUUUGCGCAUGGGCGGACGCUAUGUUCCGCAGGAAUACUUUAAAACCGCCAUGAGUUUAGGCUAUUCGUUUGUGGUCACCUGGAUAACGUCGUUAACGAUGGUCAUCGUGCACGAGCGAGUUCCGGAUAUGAAACGCUAUCCACCGCUGCCGGACAUUUUCCUGGACAACGUGCCGCACAUUCCAUGGGCCUUCAACAUGUGCGAAAUCACAGGCUCGCUGCUCUUCACUAUUUGGGUGGUCGUGCUGAUCUUCCACAAAUACCGGUUGGUGCUUCUGAGGCGAUUUUUCGCCCUGGCCGGCACGGUUUUCCUGCUGCGCUGCGUCACCAUGCUGAUCACCUCGCUGAGUGUCCCGGGAACCCAUUUGCAGUGCAGCCAAAAGGACUUUGCCAUCGAUGACCCGAAUGUGGACAUGGUGGGUGCGCUGAUCAUCCGGAUGUCGCGUGCCUAUCGCAUCUGGAGUGGUCUGGGGAUGUCAAUUCAGGGCGUACGGACCUGCGGCGACUACAUGUUCAGUGGCCACACGGUGGCCCUGACCCUACUUAAUUUCUUUAUCACGGAGUACACGCCGCGGAAUCUGUACUUCCUGCACACGCUCACCUGGCUGCUCAACAUGUUUGGCAUCUUCUUUAUCCUGGCUGCCCACGAGCACUACUCCAUCGAUGUGUUUGUGGCCUUCUAUAUCACCUCACGCCUGUUUUUGUAUUACCACACUUUGGCAAAUAACAGGGCCCUCAUGCAAAGCGACUCGAGGAGGACGCGUGUUUGGUUUCCCAUGUUCAGCUACUUCGAGAGCAGCGUCGAUGGAAUGGUGCCCAAUGAGUACGACACAUUGGGCUCACUGAUCGAUGGGAUUAUAGAUCACAUCUUCAAGGCCAAGGACCAACUAGGCAUAACCAUAAAGCGAUGGUGGACGGACGUGCCAAGGACCAGCAACUCAUCGGUGCAUAUGUUUGACUCUGAUUCGGAUCAAUAUCUACACAACGGCACCGCUGCAACUGGUUUUUUUAGUCCUCACCAGUCGUUGGGUGGAGGAUUGGGCACCCAAGCUUUUUUAAAUCAUGCUCGGCCCUUGGCUGCAAUGCCCUCCAAUGCUCCAACGCCUGCGUCUCAGCUGGUCAAGAAUUUACAGACCCAAAAGAAGAGCGUCAAGGACGCCAGUGUGGAUCCCUUUUCCAGGACCACGAUUGCCGCGACUAAGGAGCCCGCGAAGGAUGCGCCACUGAGGGAAAAGAAACAGCUCUGAUUACCACAGCAAUUCGCUCUUCCACAUCCAUUUGUCGAUGCAGAUCUUCGAAAAGCAAACAUGCAGAAAUCAACCAUA